AUGGCUUCCGACGAAUAUAGCGUCGUCGGGGGCGGCGGCGCCCUCAAGCUAAAGGGAGCCAAGGUGCACAAGAAGAAGAAGAAGCGUGACAAGUCCGACCUCGAGAAGAACAUCGGGAAAGAAGUGGCCAAGAAGGGCAACGCUGCCGAAGACAAGGCCAAAGACAAGGCCAAAGACAAGGCCGACGAGGAGGACGAAGACGACCGACCCGUGGUGCAAAAGACUGAGUCGGAGAAGCGACACGAGGAAAUCAAACGGAAGCGGCUCCUUCAGCUGGCAGAAUCCUCCGGCUCCCGACCUGAACUGCUCAAGACGCACAAGGAGCGAGUGGAGGAACUCAACACCUACCUCUCCAGGCUGAGCGAGCAUCACGACAUGCCUCGCAUUGGACCUGGCUAA